AUGGGAAAGGUAUUUCGAGCCCCAGCUCCGACAGUCUCUGUCAUUGUGACAUUGGGCAAGACACACUUCACACUUGCCUACUGGUGGUGGUCAGAGGGCCCUGUGGUGUCAGUGUCCGGCAGCCUCGCCUCUGUCAGUGCGCCCCGGGGCAGCUAUGGCUACAAUACCCCUCUGGAGAAUCUGGAAAACGGACUUUCCACCGUUUUCAGUGUUCAUGCCCUGCUCUGGACACUCCCACAGAAUCUGAGUGCAAUGGCAUAUGAUAGAUACAUUGCCAUAUGUUACCCACUGCAGUACAGUACUGUGAUGACUAAUGCCCAUAUCAUGAGAAUAAUCACCAUUGUAUGGAUGAGUUGUUUAGUUUUAAUUGCUGUGCUUUUUUUCUUACUUUUGCGUUUGCCUCGUUGUCGAUCUGAAAUGACUCACGUUUACUGUGAUAAUCCAUCUCUGCUGACUUUGGUCUGUGCUGACACAACUAUUAACAAUAUCUAUGGGCUUUUGAUAAGUGCUGUUGCACAAUUGGUGGCUAAUGGAAUUGUUUUCUACACAUAUCUCCGGAUCCUCAUAACUUGCUUUAGAUGUAAACGAUCAGAUACAAAAGCCAAAGCUCUGCAGACAUGUGCUACACAUCUGAUUGUUUUUCUCUUGUUGGAGUGUCUUGGUCUUUUCACCAUCAUAUCAUAUAGACUAAAUAAUGUUUCACCCCAUUUCAGAAGAUUUAUGGGUUUGUCAACUUUAAUUUUCCCCCCAACACUGAAUCCAAUCAUCUACGGUUUGAAAACAAAGGACAUUCGAGAAAAGGUGUUGAACUUUUUAAAGAAUAGGAUCUUUUCAUCUUAA